CACUUUAUUUGUGUAUAGCAGUCAGACUAGCGGUGCGCUGAAAAUGUGAUUUAAGAAAAUGAUAAAAACGUUAAUUUUCGUAUAUAAAUGAAUUCUAAUAGAGGAACUGAUUUUCCGCAAGAUCAACAUGUACAGCAAUUUAUUGGGAAAACCGAUGAGUCUCACGAUAAUCCAAAUUUUAACGAUUCUACUAUUGACAUAUGUACGUCCAGUCAAAGAACUAGUCCUUGUUUAGGAGGAGUUUACUCGGUUAAAAAUUAUUUAGGUAGUAACAACUUUUUAGUUGUCGAUGAAGCCACUAAAGAUACAUCGUUGACUGACGCCUUGAAAGAUUUGAUUCCUUGUACAAAAAAUGCAGUUGGAAAACUAUUUACAAAAAAAAUGUUGUACAAAAGACUACCGAUACUUAAUUGGUUACCGCAAUAUAAUUCCAGUUAUGCAGCAGGUGAUUUCAUAGCUGGAAUUACUGUCGGACUCACAUUAAUACCACAAGGGUUAGCUUAUCACAGUAUUAUCGGUUUACCCCCAGAGUACGGUUUAUACAGUUCUUUUAUAGGCUGUUUUAUUUAUAUAAUAUUUGGAAGUUGUAAAGAUGUACCUUUUGGACCAUCUGCCUUAAACGCGCUUUUAGCAUCCCAAGCUAUAAACGGAAAAGGACCGGAGCAUGCUAUAUUAUUAACAUUUUUAACAGGUAUUAUCCAGAUAUUAAUGGGCGUAUUGGGAUUAGGCUUCAUAAUAAAUUUUGUAUCAGCCCCAGUAUCGUCCGGAUUUACAUCAGCUGUAGCUUUGAUAAUAAUUACUUCGCAAAUUAAAGAUAUCUUGGGUAUAAAGCCUAAAGGAAGUACCUUUGUGGAAACUUGGUAUAGUGUGUUUGAGGAAAUUCGGAAUAUAAGACUCUGGGAUACCGUGAUGGGUGUAGUUUGCAUAAUUUUAUUAUUAAUUAUGAAGUCGAUCGGGAAUCAUAAAUUGCGAUCGACUGAAGGAAAAGCUACAACUUUCCAAAAAAUGUAUAAUAAACUAACUUGGACGAUUGGAACAGGUCGUAAUGCUAUUAUGGUUAUAAUUUGUGCUUUUAUUGGUUGGAUGUUCUGUAAAACAAAGAAUCCGCCAUUUUUGGUUAUUGGUCAUGUACCGCAAGGUUUGCCCACAAUCAAAAUACCUCCAUUUGGAUUCACCAGAGAAGAAAAUGGAACCGCAGUUGAAUAUACAUUUACCAACAUGGUGACUAAUUUGGGAAGUGGGAUCAUCAUAGUUCCCUUAAUUGGUUUGCUUGAAAAUAUCGCCAUAUGUAAAGCAUUUGCUAACGGGAAACCGGUGGAUGCCACUCAAGAACUUUUAGCUCUGGGCUUUUGCAACAUCGGUAAUUCGUUUGUCCAAGGUUAUCCAGGAACUGGAGCUCUAGGAAGAAGUGCCGUAAACAAUGCCAGUGGAGUUCGUACACCUUUGGGUGGAAUUUACACUGGAACUUUAGUAAUAGUCGCUCUUCUAUUUUUUACACACUAUUUCUAUUACAUUCCCAAUGCCGCUUUAGCGGCAGUCAUUAUUGCUGCUACUAUAUUUAUGAUCGAGGUGAAAGUUGUCAAGCCAAUGUGGAGAUCAAAAAAAAGCUGUUUCACGAUCUUUAUAGUUACAUUUAUAGCUUGCCUCGUACUGCGUUUAGAAAUUGGAAUUUUGGUGGGUAUCGGAACCAAUUUAUUGCUGUUGUUAUACCAUGCAGCAAGACCCAAAAUAAUUGUGGAGAAAUUAACCACCACAGCAGGAGUUGAAUAUCUACUUUUAACCCCCGAUAGGUGUCUGAUAUUUCCAUCUGCUGACUACGUUCGGUACAUCGUGACCAAAUACGGGGUACGCCAAGGAGUACCUCUAGUUAUAGAUUGUUCUCACAUAUAUGGAGCGGAUUUUACAGCAGCCACUGUUAUAGAAACAUUAAUUACAGAUUUUGCGGCGAGAGAUCAAACUAUAUUCUUUUUUAACCUUAAACCAUCCGUAUGCUCGGUAUUUGAAGGUUUAUCGCCGAAAGGUUUUGUUGUAUUUUAUAAUGCGAACGAUUUAGACGAUCUUCUAACUAAAUACGUAAAAGGAGAGAAUGUAAAAAGCCAAAUACCUUAAUCAAACAAACCAGGAAACUAAAAAUUUAUUUUCCAUUUCCCUGAUGCACUUCAAAAAUAUCUGUGAGAUCAAAAUAUAUGUAUUUUAUAUUUUUUGUGUAUUUCACAAUUUCCAAAUAAAGUUUUAAUCAAAUUGA